AUGCCCAUCAGCAGCAGUAGCAGCAGCAGGAAACGCAAAAAUAAAACUCCCUUGGAUACUCAAUCAAAAAGGCAAAAAGCUCGGCUUUCAUUGGCUUCCGAUGAAGCCGGGAUAGUACUUGUAUUGGGACAAGGGGAGCUUGGCCAGUUAGGAUUGGGAGAAGAGAUUUUAGAACGUAGCAGACCGACGGCUGUUAAGAAACUCCUUGAAGUAGAAUUUAUUCAAGUUGCAUGUGGUGGUGUUCAUACUGUUGCCUUGACUAAAGCUGGCGAGAUAUAUACGUGGGGCUGUAAUGAUGAAUGUGCCUUAGGUCGCGAUACUUCUGAUACAAGUGAGGCAGAAUAUUUGCCUGGGCUAGUUGAUGGUCUCGAUAAUGUAAAGAUUAUCCAAGUUUCAGCCGGUGAUAAUCACACCGCUGCCUUAGCCGAUGAUGGUCGCGUUUUCUGCUGGGGAAAUUUCUGGGAUAAUCGGGGGUCUAUAGGACUGAACCUUGCCGGUAAACAACCUCGGCCCAUUGUUAUGUUAGGAGAUCCGAAUGACCCAGUGAUAAAGAUUGGAUCUGGAAAUAAUCAUGUCGCUGCGUUGACUGCCAACGGACUUAUCUUUACAUGGGGUUGUGGCGAGCAAGGUCAGUUAGGGAGAGUCGCAGAGAGAUUUUGUAGUCGCGAUACACGCCAAGGACUUAAACGCUUCUUGCAGCCGGCAGUUGCUCGUGUUACGCAAAGGAGCAAAAAAGAUAUAAGGUUUAGCGAUAUUUUUGUUGGCCCUUAUAACUUAUUUGCCGUAAAUGCAGCAGGCGAAGUUUUUGCUUGUGGUUUAAAUAAUUAUGGUCAAAUCGGUAACGGUAACAUCACUAGUUUAUAUUAUUUGGCGAAAAUUGAUAGUUUAUCGGCUCUAAAUGAUGGCAAUGAUGAACGACAGAUUCUUAUUGCCUCCGGUGAGCAUCAUACCUUAAUUCUCGCCCGCAAUGGUCGUGUUUAUAGCAUAGGUAGAGGUGAUUAUGGACGCUUAGGGCUUGGUCCUGAUGUUAAAGAAUGCUCUCAUCCCACUGAGAUCGAAACUUUAGCAAAUUCAGAUAUAAAAGCUGUUACCUGUGGCUUAGCAGUGUCUUUUGCCGUCUCCAAUUCAGGCGAUGUCUAUUCCUGGGGCAUGGGUACCAAUUUGCAACUAGGUAGUAGCACCGACGAUGAUAUAUUAACACCAACCUUGGUAAAAACGAAAGAAAGUUAUAAUUUCUUUGCGGCUUCUGCCGGUGGUCAACACACUGCCAUCUUGGGUAAAAAGAAAUAG